CACGGUGGAGAAUCGCAGACGGAAGCCUAACAGAAAGGUUGACGGACGUACCUCUGGCACGAGAGACGUCUUUGCGUCAUCCACAGUAUCGUUCGCACCGGCAUCACUGCCGAUCGAUCGAUUGGACAACCACAGAACUUUGCAACAAGGACGAUGACAAUCGGUUGAGAGUGUUCGUGGUCAGAAUUCUGAGAGACACGUUAUGAUAUAAGGUCGCCGGAUAGCCCGAUAUCGAUCUCUGACACGUACAUACGAGGAUGACUUCCUACGCGACGUUCCAGCAGUACGACCUCCUGGACUCUGAGGGUUACGGGUCGGCCAGCAGUCCGGAAUCGAACCCACGCGGCAAUUGGCACCAUCAGGAUAUUUAUCCACAGCCACCGCGGUCCAGAGGCAGCAGCUGUGGCAGCGUUAGUUCCGUUGACAGUCAUCACCAGCAAGAGUAUCAGGAAAUCGGUGGUGCUCCCAAUGGCAGCCUUCACGUGACCGCUAGCUUCAACUUUGGCGAUUUUUACGAGGGUUACUAUCAGGAGGGUAACUGCCGGAACGAGCAUCAACCGCCGUUGAAUGGCAACGGCGGUAGGAACGCGAAGGAGCAUCACGCCAAGGUGAUCUUCAGGAUGAACGAGCAGUGCCCGGUUUACGACGACGCUGCUUCCAGGAUGGGACUCAACGAGAGUACCGUGAGUAAGCAGGACUCGGCAGUAUACAUGCAGAAGAUGGAGCAUCACCCUGCGGGAAUUUUCGCAAAUACCAGGACCGACUUCGAUCAGGGUCAGGAGGCUGGCUUUGCUACGAAAAACUAUGCGAAAAGUGGCGCUUACCAUCCGCGAAACGAGGCUCACCCUUAUGCUCCAAGAACGGAUGUCCUUUACUUGGGUGCCGCUUACGCCAUGCCGAGGAACGAGAUUGGCCUGUCGAGCAGUCAACCGAGCAAAUGCGAUCAAUUGAGGUAUCACCAUCAAAGGAGCGACAACCAUCACGUUCUGCCAGUGGAAUACGUCGGCCAGAAACCUAAAGAGGCGACGAUGCAAAAGAUGAAGAGCGGCGCGCCUGGUAUUGAGGUGCUGAGGAAGAGGAGACUGGCGGCUAAUGCCAGGGAGAGGAGAAGGAUGAACAGUCUGAACGACGCUUUUGACAGGUUGCGGGACGUCGUGCCGAGCCUCGGUAACGACCGAAAGCUCAGCAAGUUCGAAACGCUGCAAAUGGCGCAGACCUACAUAGCCGCGCUCUACGAGCUACUGCAGCGCGAAUGAACACGUCCGGCGACAUGGAUUGUCUUCUGAAAAGGGGAAUGUUCUGCCCUGCACGCGUCCCCGCGAUGGCCUAGAGUCCUCGAAGAUCGCGAAGCAUCGGCUUUGGAGCCUCACGAGGAUCCAUCUUCGUGAAGAGACCGCAGCAAUCCGGAUGAUGAAGAAGCUCACAGCUGUGGGGUUAAUUGAAAUCGAAGUCGAUUUCGUCUUUGUGGCUUUUUGAGAGACGUUCCUGCAUCCCUGCUCGAGUCGCUGCAGUUCGGAGAAAUGCAAAUUGAAAGAUUGCUGCUCAAUCCUUCGACGGGAACGAUCGGGCGCACGACGAAGCCUUCCCUCGACAGACUUCAACGUCCGCAGGUAAUGACGAAUUGUCGAGAUGCGAGACGAGACAGCUCGCUCGCAGGAAGCAUGAAUUAACGAGCGACCUGGGAAUCUCGAGACUUCAUUAACUUGUAAACGAGUCACUCGACCACGGCGGUAUCGAAUGCGAAUGGUAUGUAGAAAAAAUAUCGGUAUUGCUAUCGAUCAAGACUUCUUCGAUCCACUCGUUACAAAUUAGCUUGAUCUGUUUAAUAAAUUUGAGAAGCAUCAACAUUUAUGUCAUCAUCGUUGUAAUAACAUAUUAUUGAAACAAUGUAACGUAUCGGCUUACGAUUCAAUGUUCAUCAAAGAUACUGCGUUUUAACGAUAAGAUAAUCUAUUUUAUAUCAUUUUUAUUUCAUUCGGGAUUAACACACUUGCAUGAAUUGACUAGAAUAAUUACUUUGGCUCUCGAAAAUAUGAUUAAUCUUUGUAUCUCGCCGUUGAAAUAUUACGAACGAUACGUAAAUGGAUUAUCUUGCGACGUCAGUAGCAUUCCGCCGACGAUAGUUUGUGUCAAAACUAGCCGAUUACGAGGAUCGCCGGAUAAAAAGCCGCUUUUAAUUGCACGCGUCAGGUUUAAUCGAGCGCGUAAGUUUAGCGCCGCGCGGUAAUUCAUCGUCGGUACUUAUCCCUGCGCCGCGACGCAUCGCUGCGGGAUUCCGGGACGUUUUUCCAAUCGGCCGUGAUAGGAUCGGAACGAAGAGCGGAAAAAGGUGCGACUGACCGGUCGAGGAUCCUCCUGGAGGAACAACCUCGAAGAUCGCGACGUUAAACACGCAGUUACUAUAUUCCGCAUCAACGACAAAUUUUGGAUUAUCCAUAAAUCCGUUUUGCGAUCAACAUUAUAGAAGAAUGCAACUUUAUGUAUCAUUGUUACUUUAUGUAUCAUUGUUAUUGUCAUUGUUAACAGGAUGACAUUAUGUUCCUUUAAACUCAUUUUUUAAUCUCUUUGACAAAUCUUCUAAAUCUUCUUAAAAAAGUAGCUUGCGUAAUUUCGAAAUACUGAUUUCGCGAAUUGCUGCUGAGAUUAUUUAAAUAAUCACAAGAGGUAACGAGAAACGUCGCCGAUCUGGUACGAGGUACUACAGAUAAGUGGAUAGUAGAUACCAGGGCGCAUAAAAUGUGAUCGUUGACUGUAAUACCGAGAGUGGUUCCUCGCCGCUAUCGCCAUGCCUAGCUAGAACCUAGCGGGGGCGUACUCGCCUCGAGUUUAAUUGUAAAUAGGCACCGUCGUGCAUUGUCGUCCGCACGAGGCACCGUGUAAAUAUCUGAUUCAAGGCGCGUCUAACUUAUUGCGAGGCUGUAUAGGUGAUGCUGUACACGCAGGCACGCGCAUUAUGUACGUGCGUGCAUUGCGGGGGCAGAGAUCGUUCUCUCCCCGCUCUCGCACGCGUACGUGCGCACGUGCGUGAUCAUUCAUUGAUGAUGCCUCGAGUUAGAGAUAGGUAUCAAUUAGAAGUUCACCCAGAAAGGGCACUAUGGUCUGGAGAAAAGUACACGGGAAAAUUUUUAAGAUUGUAUAUUAAGAAAAAAAAAAUUUAUAUAGAGCACACGUAUGGAACUUCAAAAAGUGGAAGUUCCUGAAGUGAAGUUUACUGAACAUAUGUACCGAAUUGCGUAAUCGAUGUGUCUCGCGUUGUUCCCUUCCCGGAUGAACUCUCUACGAUUUUUCACGGGUUUUGAGAGAAAUAUUUAGCAUUACGUCCGCCUCGUGUUACCUGAGUAUUUACUUGUAGCUACUGCUCAAUGGCAAUUACUAAGAUAAAUGUAACAAUAAAUUAUCUCGGAAGCGAUUGCGGGUCGAUUCCUAAUCGCUUUAAACGUAGAGAUCUCACGCUCAGUAUGGCGAAAAGUGCGCUCGUACAUUCUAUGAUUAGAGCGAGAAACUGAAUCGCGAGAUGAGACGCGAUAAGCCCAAGUUAUCGAUAUCGAUGUUGUCGAUAGCUGCUUAGAUGGUGCCGUCGGGUAUUAAUAAAUAUGAUUACAAUUAUCAGCGGAUCGCAAAUCAUUAUCAUCGCAGUUCGCAAUGCAACAGAUAGCAAUCAAAACCAAGUACGAUACAAUUACGUGUUUACAAUUAACAACUAGUUUCUUCUCUCUCGAUCUAUUUUUUGAUGUUCGGUUGAUUGUUAACGAUAAACACCGUUGAGCCAAGAUCCCCUUCGAAACGCAGGGUGGACGCACAAUCGAUUCUCCUCUCGAUCGAGCCUCGCGACGUACUUUUCGUGUUGAAUGCGAGACGACGCGUGACUGGAAUAAUCUCAUCCGGCCGCGAUUCAAGUCGCGACGCACCUCUCGCGCAAUUAGGGAUAUGCAAAAAUCGCGGGACAAAUGGCGGCGGCCGGCCACCUCCACUUAGCAGUCAAUCACAAUUAAAUACAAUUUUGCGCGGGCCGCGGGGCCCGGUAAUGGCGCAAAAAGAGAGCAAAUUGAAAUCUCCUAGCUGACAGAAUGAUAGAUGGUACCGGCCAGACGUGAGUAGGCACGAGAGCGACGGAGAGAGGUGUAAAAGAGGAAGAAGGAAGAGAGAGGGGAGAGAGAGAGAGAGAGAGAGAGAGAGAGAGAGAAAGAGAGAAAGAGAGAGCGGGGAAGAUGAAGGGAGAAAAGCGGAGAAACAGUCUUUCUUCCAUUCCGAUGUGAGAAAGCUCUUCCUCUUUGUUCCGCGAGCGGAUUUGCGAGAAGGAACGAAAACGUAGAGAAGUAAGUCGGGAGCCGUGAUGAUAGCGCCACCGCGCGUAGCUGAUUUCUCUCGCUAAUAUCGCUAAUCCUCUCCAUCUGUUGUGAAGAUGAGGAUCUGAUCUUUGCACGGAGCAGCGGUAAUUUAUAUCGAUCGGAACGGAGAGAAAGAGACGGGCGGCUGGCUGGUUGCUGGGGUGCUGGAAGCUCAUUCUCUCCCUUCUUUAACCGCGAUCAUUACAGCAGCGCCGUUUAGAGUCGCGGAUUAGUUACGCGCGCGCUACGAAAUAAAGCGCGAUGAUUAUCCACGAUGAUAAGCGGAGCGUACAAUCAUCGAGCGGCGCUUUUACUCUCGUAAAGCUCUCGUGAAUGCAUAAAUACGAAUCAGCGGCGGAAAAAAAACGACGGAUUUUGAUUGACGCAUUCGUAAUUUCAAUGUAUGCCGUUUUCGUUAAACGGUUUUAGCAAACUAUAUGCUCUCUCUCUUUUUAGCUCUAUGUAAAAUAAAUAGAUGUUCUUCCGUGCGAAGAACUCUUGUUUGAUACCGUGCGAUCUCGAAAUUGUCGCAAAACAAUGCGUAUUACUAUCGCGAGGGGAGAAAAAGUUGGUGUGCGCGGCGCCGCCGUGAUACAAUAUUUUACAGUCGUCAUAUUUCGCGUAUCCCAUCACGGUCCCGUGCGCGUUGUAAUGACAGUAUUAUAGAAGGGAAGAACGAUAAGUCGCGCGCUCAUCCACCUGCUCGGUAAUCAAAUCGCGAGAUUAAAUUGCCGACGAUUUCGCGUGUUCGAGGGGAGAACGUACUGGGAUGAGGGUGCACGUACGCGUCCCGAGACAUUAUCAUUCAAUUGGCGCCGCUACUGUCGCGGAUAAAUCACGUGUAAUUAGUGGCAAAACAACGAGCGAGCGUCAAUUAAUUUCAUUAUAAACAACGGGGCCUUUGUCCACUCUCUGAUGCGAAUGUAUUUCCCGGCUACGGCGGCUUCCUCAAUUACGGCGCUGGAGAUUCAUUCGACUCGUGCUGGCGAUCGAACUAUGUCGAGGGAAGAGCGAAAGGAGGACAGUGGCGGUAAUUAUUCACUGUUCACCGGUUCACGGGGCCCCUUCCGAGGGGGUGAAAUGAACAACGACGUAAACAGAUAGGAGGAUAGGUGGAGGGAGAGGAGGAGAGAAGAGAGAUACGUCGACACGAAAGAAGGAAAUAUCUUAAGUAAUAUCAAAGCGCGAGGAGUUGGCUGCGUUAAUGGUGAACCCCAGACCCACAUGCGCGGGCCCCCCUCGGCCCCCAUACUCGUGUACGAUACAACAAUACACGCAAACGCUAAUCAGUCGACGUUCAACGUCUUCAUCUACGCCUGCCGUGCAUCAGCCCAGCGCGCGCUUCCCUCUAUCAGCACGAUUUGUCUUCCGUCGCGGCCUGACGCGGCUCCAAGGCCAAGGACAAAGUCCCGCGAAGUCGAGCCUGGUAGCGGGGUAGGGAAAUUGAAGUUGCGACAACGCGAACCGGCUCUUAUUAGAUCUAUUCUACCUGAUUGCUGCGAAUUGUAGCAAAUAGUGGUAUCGCUGGCCACUUUUUUAGUCGUUCCUUCUGGCGGCUUUAACAGCAUUCGGCCGCUCCUCCGAGAAGAACAGGAGUCGCUGAUAUAAUUAUAAUAAUUUGAUCAUAGAUAGUUGUACGAGGAAAGAAUUAUGCGAGAACAGAGAGCGUGAUUUCUUUUGCGUUUAAGCGCGUAGCUCGAGCCAAGUGAUUAAUCACACUUGAGACUUGAAUCUAGCGAUAACGGUGAAAAAAGGGAUAAACUGCGAUCGCGAUCUACCUGUUGUACAAUGAUCUCUUUUGUGCCUCCCUCAGGCACGAAGAAAGAUAAUUUUCCUCUUCACGGCAAUCUCGCGCACGAAAGGGGAACUUUUUCGAAGACUGUAUUUUGCAUUGUUGGCACUGCCGUCGAGUACCUUUGUAAAUAGAUUGUUUGUUUUUUUUGUACCUAGAUACGAGUUCCACUCAUAAGAGAAUUAGCUCUAUGCGGCCUGUAUAAGAUUAAUGAAAUAAAUUCCCACCAAUAAUGUUCCUCGAUCAAGACCAAAUGUAUUUAAGAAUGUGCAAUGUUAAUAAAGAAAAACGAUUUUUUGGAACA